AUGGUGGUUACUGCCCCGCGUUUUAAAGCAUCGUGCGUUUAUGGUGACCGGGAGUUGAUGGCGAAAGUGGAUCCCACCGCUUUCACGGGGUCCCCGCCUUGCGCAACCAGGGCAGAUUUUAUGAUCCAAUCCCAAUAUAACAGACUUAAUGAUAUCCGGUACGCACACGGGUUUAUCUACAGAAAGAUGAAACAAAAGAUAAGGAUUGGUGGAGUGGAAGGUCAUCACCAAAUAUUGCUCUUAACGUAUCAAUCGGAUCUCCAAGAAAUAUCUGAGAAGAAAGAGGAUAUUGCCGAGGACCCAGUGAGCUUUCUGAAGGGCACUUGGACUGUCCACAUGAGCAAACACACCCUUGACCCUUCCUGCAGAGCCAGGUUCACUCGGCGCUCUAACUUAUCAGAAGCACAGCUUGCACGCCUUGGCUGGCGCUUGCCACCGCGCCACGCAGGAUCAGCGGAGAAAGCUAGCCUCUGGGUAGUUUCCGACCGACCGACCGACAAUGAGUCAUCGCCACGCAGAGCCUCCAGGCUAUUACCUUGCGGUCGAAGAGUUUUGUUCAUCAAUCACCCUCCCAAAUACGAGUUUGGCUAUGAUGUGAACGACGGGUAUGGUGGCUCCCAAGGCCAUCUGGAGACCCGAGACGGGGAGUAUGCCCUGGGGAAGUACUACGUGAAUCUUCCGAGCAACGAGCAGAAGGUCGACUACUUCGCAGACGACUGGGGCUUCCAUCCUCUGGUGGAGUACAAAACAUCAUCAGGGUCAUCGUCCAUGAGCACGCAGUUCGCUUUGGGAGAGAAGGCAGUUGCAGCGCUCUCUCGGCAAUAUGGAGUUGCACCACCUCUUGAGAUAUUGAAAACCAAGGUGACGCAAACUCUGGUGGCCGGUACAGGACCUCAAGUGUCUCUCCCAGGAGCGGCGGGGUUCAUUCCAGGUCCUUCUGACACCCCUGUACACAAUUCGCUGGAAGGGGAAUCUUACUCAACUACAACUUCUUCACCUUCAACCCUCCAAAUUGGCGUAUUUCCGAGCACUCAAAGAUACGAAUACACUUCUGGAGUUAACCGUCAACGCAUCCCAGUAAGGGUAGGUGUUUCCACAGUAUCGCCUGGUACCUACACAUCAGGAGUUCUCUCUACCACUGAGAACUAUCCAACUGACGGCUUGAAAACCUUUGAAUCGCAGAAGCAACCAGCUGAUGGUGGAGGGUUGAAGAAUUAUGGAACAAGCGAGGAAACAGUGAGCAAUGAAGGUUUGCAAAGUUUUGAUUCCCAAAAGGAAUCGGCUGUUGACGGAAGAUUACAAAGUUUUACAUUUCAAAAACAAACCGUGAAUAGUGAAGGUUUGAACAAUUAUGAACUGAAAAAGCAAACAAAUUAUUAUCAAAAUGGGGGUUCAGGAUCUUUAGGAUAUGGUACCACUGGUUCAUCUAUUUACCAAGAGUACAGCUCUACUUCAUCACCAUUAUUGAACUACCAGACAAAUUCAUUUACAGUUCCUGAUUCUGGUGAAAUAGUCUACAACAAACCAGCGCAAUCUUCAGCUUUAUCUGAAAGUCAGGGUAACCAGAUUACUUCCUAUCUCGCCGACUCUAACUCUGCAGUAGAUGUAACUGGGAGGGAGCCUCCUCAGAGAGUUUCUGGUCUUCGUGGUAAUGCAGCCAACACACAAAUAUCGGCUUUUCUCGUUGGUGAGGGAGGAAAUCAGUACGAAGAAAACGAGAUAAGAAAUGAAUACAACAAUCGAUAUGUAUCGUCCACAACGCAAAGGCCUCUAAAGACGAUUUUGAGACCUAUUGUAGUAUCUGAGUCAGGAGAAAGUGAUUCGUCAUUAGCCCUGUACAGUGGACCUUCGCAACAUGGAUUGACUUCAUCUCAAGGACAACGUCAGAAGAAAAUUGGGAAGCUUUAUCAUAGAGAAGGCGGGUUAAAAUCCACUGAGGAUUAUAGCUCGUCAUCCCUCUCGAGCUUGGCAGUGGAUUUGGAUGAAUCCAAAGAAAACGAAUACUACUCUACCCCAGCUCCUACACCAGAACCAGUGUUAGUGACUCCUAGAGUGGAGGCUUCUCGUCUUACCUCUUCUGGUAACAUCCUUGCUCCUAUACAAGCAGGAGUAUCCAUAUCAAACCACCAACAUCAGGAGGAAGAUUGUGAUGAAAAGGAAGUACACGUAAAGAGUAAAUCCAAUUUACCCUCGAGCGGGCCGGAUAUUGAGAAACAAGUUUUGCACGAGGAAGCAGUCUACAAAACUACAGUUGAUAUCCAGAAAUCAAUUCCGUUCGAAAUACAUCCCGAUGAGAAUGACAGUCAAAGCUCUUUAGAACAGUAUAAAGAGGGGUCCAAUGAACAAUAUCAACAAAAUUCUCAGGAAAGUAAUUCUCAAGAAAACCAAAGCACUCGUGAAGAGUACAGGCAUAACAAUCAAGCCAUUAGUGAAGCUUAUCAUGAAAGCUAUCCUAAUGGUUAUCAGAGUGCAUCUCAACAGUCAUCUAUCGAAGAAGGUACUACAAAUUCCGGAGCUUAUGGCCAAAAUACAUAUGAAACUCACUCAAGUGAAGAAUACAACCAAAAUCCUUCUAUCGGAAAUCGCGAUGAACAGUAUCAGCAACAUUCAUCAGAAUAUCAAGCCCCUGGGCCACUAGUACCUCCUGUCAGAGUUGCAUUCGAUGGAGCUAGUCAGUAUAACAAUAAUAACUUUCUUCAAAAAGUAAUUUACGCUUAUCACAGAAUGGCAAAUAAUCAGUACAAGCAGCAAACAGACAACAAUGGUUACCAGGCCAAUUUGGCAUUGCCCACUCAACCUCUCUUUGUCCCCAAUCGUCUGUACUAUGUUUAUUUACAAAGGUACAAUCCAUACAUCAAUCGUUAUGGCAGUCAAAGCCAACUCUACACUAAUUACCGACCGGCUACCACGGUUACUCCAUUGAUCAAUACAAGUUCUGAUUUGUAUGGUUAUGGCCAAAGUCAAACUCAGGAAAAUAAUGGGUAUGUAGUUUCCUCAGGAGAAAGAACAUACUUACAAGAAUCUCAGAAUGGAGGGAGUAAAAGUUUUAACGGAAAUGGAGGUUAUGCAUCUUAUGUCAAUCACGAAGAAAUUAGACAAAGUGAUACAUACGAUCAAAGUAACAUUGGUGCCUUGAACCUACAUAACACCUAUGAAGAAUCCAGCAAAGACCAUCACGCAAGUGGUGUUGCAUACAAUGCUCAAGCUUCGAGCUCAGAAGAGAACCAAAGAGAUGUUCAGGGGCUUCGUAACAGUUUUGAUCAAGCCAAGGGGGGUGCAGGUAACUUAGCCGUAGCUGCUACUCCUGUUGCAUAUGGAAGUGAUGGAUAUCAAUCUCAAAAUGUCGCCCUAGAAUUUGCAUCUCAUUUAAACUCGUUGGGAAAUGCAGCUAGAGGUUUGAUAGCGGAGUCUGCUGUACAUCCGGACAACCAACAUGUCCAAUACUCCACUGGUCAAGGUGAGAACAGUCAGUCUUUGGAACAAGAGGGCUACUCUCAAAAUGCAAACAGAGGCCUGCAUCAAGAGCAAGAAUUCCACAGUCAGAUACCUCAAGAGAAGUUCAUUGAUGAAAUACCGAAUGAUGUGCAACAAAACCAGAAUAUUUUAUUGAAAGAAGUACCUGUGCCACAAUACGUUGAAAGAACAAAAUUGGUGGAGGUGGAGAAGCCUGUUCAUAUAGCCCAUCCUGUACCCAUAGAGUUCACAAAGGUUGUGGAGAGACCUGUUCCAGUUGCACAUCCUGUUCCAGUUCCACAAACGCAGUACAUCGAGAAACCAGUAGCAGUUCCACAGCCAGUUCCAGUUGAAGUGACCAGAAUAGUCGAAAAACCUGUACCAGUUCCACACCCCGUGCCUGUGGAGUACACAAAGGUGGUAGCUGUUGAGAAACCUGUGGCAGUACCACAUCCGGUUCCAUAUGCUGUCACGAAACUGGUAACUGUCGACCGCCCUGUCGCUUACCCGCAGCCGGUUCCUCUCCCAUAUGCUGUUCCUCACCCAGUGGGAGUACCUGUUCCUCAUCUCGUACCCUACCCCCACGUUGUCCCAUUGCCGGUCAAGAACUCCCGCCCUAUCUACCUCUACAGGAAGUCGUCUGGAGGACAUCUCUUGCACCGAGAUAACCACCAGGCUAAAUUGAAUUUCCGGCCGAGUCAACCUGUGUUCACGUCCCAGUAUCCUCCACAGACAUACCACAUCACCGAGUACCUCAGGACACCACAUGCCAAGAGUAGAGCCCACGGCAGGAAGCUGUGUAUAGAGUACGGAGGAUUCAAGCCACCACUUGUACCAUCAGUGCAGGUAGACGAUGAGCCUAAAGCGACCUACGGACCACCAGCUAAGGAAAGAAACUAAGUCAUUUUAUGUGUUUGUACAUUUCUGUAAUAAGAUAGCAAUACUCCAUGUAUAUAGUAGAUUAUAAGUACUAAUUAUUUAUAGUAAGAGUAGUAAAUUUAAUACCUGUAAUAUCAAAUUACACACUGUAUUUUGAAAUAAUAAACGAACACACUUUUAUAAUUGUUAAAAUGUGAGUUAUUUCCUUUACGUUGUUUGUAAUAAAUAUUAUAUUUUUUAUUUUAAACCUUUAUAUUGAUUUUUAAAACUGACUUAUGUUGUUUUGUCUAUGAGGACUAUUACGUUAUGUAAUCUUGCAAAAUGGUACGGCUAUUUUUAAUUUGUUAUCCUUGUUUUAAAUACAUAAUAUUAAUGUUGAUUUAUUGUUUAUAUUAGGACACAUGAAUCUGUUACAAGUAUAGAACUUUAUGUUGACCUUAAGUAAUAAAUUGUUGCCAUAAUGUUAAA